UCAAGCAAACACAAGCACACUAGCACCACUGGGAGAUCAGAACUUCUAACUGGCUCUCUGCUGCCACAGCUCCACCGAAGGGUGGGGGAGGAAGAAGAGGGAGCCUUGCCGGGGACUAACCCAGAGCUGAGAGCAGAGGCAGGUGUAUGCAGGCAAAUCACUCGGAUCAUGAGGCCAUCCCUCUUCUUGAUCCUCCCACUUCUCCUCAUCUUGGCCUCAGUGACCCAAGGCCAGCCAACAAGACGACCAAGACCCAGGCCCAGGCCCAGGCCUAGGCCCAGGCCCACUCCCAGCUUUCCUCAGUCCCGUGAGCCAUCAGAGCCUACAGACCUGCCUCCACCCCUCCCACCAGGCCCUCCAUCUAUCUUUCCUGACUGUCCCCGGGAAUGCUACUGCCCCCAUGAUUUCCCAUCUGCCCUCUACUGUGAUAGCCGCAACCUUAGAAAGGUCCCCAUCAUCCCAUCCCGAAUCCAUUACCUCUAUCUCCAGAACAACUUCAUAACUGAGCUCCCAGUGGAGUCCUUCAAGAAUGCCUCAGGCCUGAGAUGGGUCAACCUGGACAACAACCGAAUUCGAAAGGUAGACCAGAAGGUGCUGGAGCAACUGCCCAGCCUGGCAUUCCUCUACAUGGAAAAGAACCAGCUGGAAGAGGUGCCCUCUGCCCUGCCCCCAAACUUGGAGCAGCUGAGGCUGAGCCAGAACAAGAUCUCUAAGAUCCCUCCUGGCGUCUUCAGCAAGCUGGAGCACCUACUGCUCCUGGAUCUCCAACAGAAUAAGCUGAAUGACGAAGUCCUCAAGCCGGACACCUUCAAGGGUCUCAAGAGCCUCAUGCAGCUCAACCUGGCCCACAACACCCUGAGAAAGAUGCCACCCAAGGUCCCCCCAGCCAUUCACCAGCUCUACCUGGACAGCAACAGAAUAGAGUCCAUCCCUAAUGGAUACUUCAAGUCCUUUCCCAACCUGGCCUUCAUUCGCCUUAACUAUAACAAGCUGUCCGACAGGGGGCUCCCCAAGAACUCCUUUAACAUCUCCAACCUGCUCGUGCUCCACCUGUCACACAACAAGAUCAGCAAUGUGCCUGCCAUUAGCAACAAGCUGGAGCACCUAUACCUCAACAACAACAGCAUUGAGAAGAUCAAUGGGACCCAGAUUUGCCCCAACAACCUGGUCACCUUCCAUGACUUCUCCUCGGAUCUGGAGAACGUGCCACAUCUCCGCUACCUGAGGCUGGAUGGGAACUACCUGAAGCCACCCAUCCCACUGGACCUCAUGAUGUGCUUCCGCCUGCUGCAGUCCGUGGUCAUCUAGGUCUUACUCUGCCCUGGGUCUCCUCUGAUCACACUUGAAUGCUGGUGGCCCGGGCACCUGAGGUCCUCAUUUGUUUUCUCUAUCUCCCUGUCUUUCUCCCAGCUUUGCCUUUUUUAUCUCACCUUGCUGAAGUAGGACAAGACACACAUUGCUGCACCUGCAGUUUCUAGGGUGAGACUUCCCAGGCUUUGGUUGGGUCCACCCAGCCCAAAGACACCCACUGUGUACCCAAACUUCUGGCCCCAGAAGCACAGAUGUCUGUCUAAAGAAUUCAUAGUCCCUUCUCUCCCCACCUUCCCCCAUCACUCCUAGGUGAGUCUGGACCUUGACUGACAUCUGGACCUCAGUCCAGGCAAACCAAGAAAAUGACCAGGGGUGUCCCAGAGGUGAGGCUCACAAAGUCCUGCACAAGACUCCUCCUUCGUGGGCAGCUCUGACCUCACAGAGCCAAAACACUCAGGCUUUGUUGGCCAAGGAUGAUCAGUCUUGCAAAACUGCUGCUUCACCACCUGUUUGCUGACACCAGACAUCACACUGGCUCUCUGCCAGCCUGUGUUCUCAAAAAGAGAAUGCAAGGACAUAGCCGGGGAGGGCAGAGGGUCAACAUUCCCACAAGGACCUGCAUCUGGCCUACUCUUCACAGGUGGAAGCUAAGGCCCUUUCUCCAGAGUGAACACAGCUCACAGUCUCCUAAAUGGGUCCCUCCAGUCCAAGAGGGAAAGCAGGGAGAAAUAGUCCAGGAGAAGAAUGGCUCAGGAUCUAAGAAUUGACCAGCGGGGGAGGGGUGGGAGUCAGGGCUCUGGAAUGGGCCAGUGAGGUUGCAAAUGGGUCCUGCAGUCCUCUUGGCCACUCUGAACAAGAGGCCUGGUGCCUGGGGAACACAAUGUCCACGGUGGAGGGUGCAGAGCCACCAGCCCCACCCUGACAUCUGUUCUCUAUCAGCGUGGAUGGCCUAACCCUUUCCACCCACAGAGAGGCUUCUGAGAAACCUGCAAGAAGGGGUGGGGCAUCUGGAAAUUUCCCAGAAACCUCUUCCACAUGUUCAAAUUGUCCUCCUCUCUAAGACAGACACAUGAGUGACACCUGGUGGCUGGUGCAGGUCAUAGAUAGCUCCUCCUCUUCAUUUCCCUGGGGUUGAUUUUCCAAGUUCAAGAGUUCCAACUUGAAGAGCCAGGAGCCACAUAUAUGGUCUCUCUCUCUCUCUCUCUCUCUCUCUCUCUCUCUCUCUCUCUCUCUCUCUCUCUCUCUCUCUCUCUCUCUUUCUCCUCUCUCUCUCUCUCCCCACCCACCCCCACCCUCCUGGGUCUAAAGGGCACAGAGCUACAACGGCCCUGAAGUGGGAAUUGGGGGAUGGCUCAUUCCAUCAUGGGUGAGCACCAGUAUAAACCUUAGGGACCAGCAGAGGAUGUGGUCUCUUCCCCUUCGCUAUCUGAACUUGUGGUGCCUUCUGCUCUCAGCUCCCAUACUCUGUAAACCCCUCUAAGGCCCCCCUAGCACUCAUAUUCCAUUCUGUGGCUCCGCCCUUUAGACCUUGCUCUAAUGCAAGACAAGCCCUAAAUAUUAUCCACUUCCCUUGCAGUUAUUUAUUCCCUAUAUGGAUGUCCCUCCCCCAACCUUCCCACCCUCCCUGCCUGGCCCAGGUGAAGCUUGGCUGGCCUCCAAGAGAACCUGGGCUCCAAAGACUGACUCACCUUCUUCUUCCCCUGACCUGCCUCUAAGGGAUGCUGCCCCUCUACAGUCCCUGAGUGUAUGUGUUGGUGGGGUAGGGGUGGAUGUUCUAGAAAUGACUGGUACGUAGUUGCCCACCCUCAAGAUGGGUUGAGCAACAGUCCAGAGAUUUCUAAGAAACUGUACUAAGCUAGACCCCUAACUUCAAAAAAUUCCCAUUAUACUCAUUUUCAGUUUCUCUUUUUCUAAUUCACAGAAAACAGAGCUCAUUCAAUUCUAGCCUCCUUCACUCUGCUCCCAUAAACUGCCUCAUUCAUCCAAGCUACAGCUGGUUUCUCCAAGGCUCCUGCUUAAAGUCAAUAUAGUAUUGUGGCUAUAAGCAACCUGGUGCUCUGGCCUGGAUAAGCCCCCUUCUGCCUCUCAUUCACCCCUUUCAACCUCCGCUGCUCUGAUGAGGCCCUGAGGGAACACAGCUCCAUGGUUCAGUGGAGAGGGAUCAUCACCCUGCUUCUGCAAACCCAGACUAGUUUGUUUCAGCAGCAACACAAUCACCACCAUCCUAUCACACCAUCUAGAAUAAAUGCUCCCUCCAUCACCCUCUGCAGCUGUAAGCCAGAGAGGAUUGAGUUAAACUGACUAUAGCAAACCCGUCCCCACCCCAUCCCCCCACACACAAUGUGCUGAUUUCCCAUGGAUUUAAGGAAGCCUCUCCUCCACACACAACUGUAUCUCCCAGUGCUGUUGGUAUCUACAUAUACAGGUGUGUAAGUAGGAGUAUAUGUGUACUCUGUUCAUAUAGCUGUUCUGGAAGACCAUGUUAACUUUGUGACACAACUUUCACAUUCUAAUAUGCUUCACAGCAGAGGAAAUAAAAUAAUAUGAAAAACAUCCUGCUUGAACUUGACAGUGUGAGCAGGUCAAGAAUAAUACUUUAAAGUCAUUUUUCCUCCCCCUCCUCCUGCCUCCACUUUCCCCUUGCUCUGAGAAGAGGGGUAGAGGAGGGGGUCUUCUUCUUAAGAAACUCUAAAUAAACAAUUCCAAAGCUU